AGAAGUUUGAUUUACUUGGAGUUAUAUUGUGUUGUUUAAGUGUUCCCUUUAUUUUUUUGAGCAGUGUAUAUUGUCUCUCUCCACCACCGUCAUAUCUCCAGUUCAUAGAAUAGGUCAAUGCAUAUAUCCAAGAAAAUCUAAACUGAAUAUCACUUGAAUAUCACAUGUGCUCUGGCUGCUGGGGUGAUUCAGUGCCUCCCAAAGACUUUGUGUUCUCUUACUGACUGACUGAUCACUUUUGCUGAAAUACACAUGCACAGCUAUGGAUGACAAGUAUCUGUGCUCCCGAGAAGAGAUGUAAUCUUAGGGUAGCUGAUGUUGUGUCUCCUUCCUGUAAAUAUUACUGUAAAGGGAAGUGAUAAGACAUACCAUGGCAUUAAUAUGUGUCAAUAUUUGUAGUGAUGGCAUGUCAGCUCUCAGCCUCAUCCAACAUCACUACCUCAGUGAUAGCUUGGCAUCUACAGGCAUUUGUCCAACAUUGCUACCAAAGCUUUGUAGUGAGGUGCGUGAGUGAUUCACAAAUCAUGUUCAUGAGGCCCACCAUCAGAGUGGUCAGUUGUACACAAAUCACAAGAAACCAUGCUAGAACCAUGCUGUGAGUAGUCCAGUGUUAUGUGUAAAUACUUUUCUGUGGUACCUUAAUUUAAAUCUGCGCUCUACAGUUUAAGGCUCUGUGGAUACAGGGUUGAAUCCCUGACCAGGCAGAGGAACAAGAAGGUCUGAGUUAUGUUUGAAGUUCUAAAGAUACGUCAGUCUCAAACUUCCAGUUGUUGAAAUGCCAUUAAUGAUUCUACAUUGCCGAUGGUGGUGCAGCAAAACCUGGACUGCCUGGUCUCGCUGUUAGCCGUCUGUAUGUGGUUGUUCUUAUUUCAGCUACAUGUUUAAGCACAAUAGUUUACGCCUUUCUGUUUCACUAUCCUAUCCAUAUGAGGAGGUAUGCAGACUAGACACUCACAUAUGCAUUAUUAAUUGGCUAAGAUCAAAGAAUGAAGUGAGGCAAACAGUUGUUGACCUUCAUAAAUCAGGCAGUGACUACAAGACAUGCUAAUGUUUCAGGUGACAUGCUUCACAUCUCCUGUUGUUUUUCUUUGUCUUAAUGGUAGAGACUGAAAUGCUCAGUUGUGGGGACAGAUGUUUAUGUGUGGGAACAAGGCCUCUUUCUCAUUUAGUGAUUCAGUUCAUUCCACAAGUACAGGAAGUGGCUGAGGUCGGGGCCCUGUGCAGGUCAGUCAGAGCGGUCUUUAUGGAGCUUGCUUUGUGCGCAGGAAACAGUCAUAACAAAUAUGUUGACACAAAGUUUGAAGUAUAUAUUUGUUGUUUCUAUGCACGUGUCCCAGACUGUUAUUUGUCCUUCAUCAAACUUUAGUCUUGGCAGAGCGUAUUCAGUGAAGAAGCAUUUUACUGGCUAGCGCCAAAUCCAGAUUUGUCCAUCGGACUGUCGGCUGGUUAGGCAAUGAUUCAUCAUACCAGAAAACAAUGUGUACUGCUCCAGUUGCAGUGUGAUUUAUGGCAGUCCAUCUGACGCUUAAUAUUGUGUAGAUCCUAGACCCUAUUUACACCUGGUCACUUCAUGCACCUUGAGUAUCAGAAUCAUAUCUGGAUCAAACUACAUAAAUAUGCAAGUAGUAUAUCCAAGACACAUUCAACAGCCCCCCAUGUACAACCAGAACACCAGUUAUAAUGGCCUCACAAUGAGGCAAUAUACAUAUUCUGCCCCACACAGUGACUGGAUUCCAGUCUACAUAACUGGAGAUGCAUGUCACUUCCCCGUGUACAUGCAUGUGACUAAAACCACAUUUUUUAGGCUCUGUGGAUACAGGGUUGAGUCCCUGACCAGGCAGAGGAACAAGAAGGUCUGAGUUAUGUUUGAAGUUCUAAUAAAGAUCCAUGUCUAUCCUGAUCAGGAUACAGUCCAGAUGCUAAUUACAUGAAGUGGCUUGGUGUAAACAGGUCCAUUUGAUUGUGUGUGGGUGAUCUAUUAGCUUAUCGUGUAAAUCUAUUCUAUGAAUCUCCCUGUGACCGCACCUGCUGACACUUCUCAACGCCAAACUAGUUCUCUUCCCUACUUUAAUAUAAACCCACUGCUGGUCGUUCUGGUCGUGAAAGGUUUUGGUGCAUUAACUGUUUGUUUUGAGUAUAGAAACAGUAGUAAGUGUAAAAAGUGUACAUAUACUAUUUAACAACAGUUCAGUCUACUUUAAAAUCUGUAAUAAUAUUUAAAGGGCAGGAGUUUCUGUAAAGGCCUGUUGGUUUCUAUGUUAAGCGUCUCCUGUUCUCUUCUCAGUACAGAUAAACGUGAUGUAAUGAUUGUGUAGUAGACACUGGCAGUAAAGAUUCUGCAGUACGGCUUUAAGGUCAGUAAUUCUCAGUGUGAGGGGUGAACAGUACACAAGGCCUACAGUCACUCUGUUUCAGAAUGGAUCGUUUUAUAACGCGAUUAAAGAAACUUCGUGAGCAUCACAAGAAGCAGGAGGAGAAGUAUCAGCACAUCCUCAACCAGCAGGAAAAGGAGCAGCAGAAGACUUUAGAGCUGCUGAACAAGAGCAUGGAGAACACAAAGCCUGUUGGCAGAGUGAGGCCAAACAAGAAGGCUGAGCAGGAAGAGAGUGACGACUCCAUUAAUUUGUCUGAAGAGGAUCUGGUGUCAUCACAUUCGGAAUAUGAACCUGAUGGCAGCGAGUCUGACUCUGAAAGUUGUCUCUCCCUUUCAACCCAGCUGUCUUCCAGCUCGGUCCUGUCCAAGGAAGUUGAAAACGGUACGUCCAUGUCAACAAAACAAAAAAAAUCAAAGAUUACAGUAAAAUGCAGCACAAAAACUGACAAUGGCAAACGGAUCUGGAACAAGAAACAUUUUUGUCUGUACUGUAAAAAACCAAACAGUAAAAUAGCUCGCCACUUGGAAAGAAAACAUGGUGAAGAAACGGAGGUUGCCCAAGCUCUAAGUUUUCCUAAAGGGUCCAAGCGAAGGGCAGCUUUGCUUGAGGAAAUUCGAAACAAAGGGGACUUUGAGCACAAUAUAGACGUUCUUGAGAAUGGUGAUGGGCAGCUGAUCACCUGGCGACAACCCAAGGCCAACGCAAGUCCAAACAAUUACCUGCCAUGUCCCCAGUGUUGGGGAUUUUUUGUUAAAACAGAUCUGUGGAAGCACGAGAUUUCCUGUAGGGUAAGGCAAGCAAAGAACUUAAAGAAGACAAAAAGGAUUCAGUCAUGUGCAUCCCGCCUAGUUCCAGUGUCAUCUUCAGUUUCUUCAGGCUGCAAGGAUGUGUUACACAGUAUGCAUCAAGAUGAGAUCAGCAUUUGUGUCAGAAAUGACCCUCUCAUUUGUAAAUUUGGAGAUGUUUUAUUUGAAAAACACGGACAUAACAAAUUUCAACAUUCCUACAUCGCUCAGAAAAUGCGAGAGCUAGGGAGGUUUUUGAUAGCCGCCAGAGAGAUUGAUAACAGUGUAUGUAUGCUCCAAGAUGUCCUUGUGCCAGGAAAAUUCCAAACUGUUGUGGAAGCGACAAGAACAGUCAGUGGCUUUAUGGCUUCACAGAACGAGUAUAAGACACCUUCUCUAGCAUGUAAAAUUGGAUAUUCGCUCAAGAGAGCAGCGGAAAUACUGGUAGGGGAGAGCCUAAUAAGUGGAAACACUAGAACAGAGAGGGAUGCAAAGAAGUUCAUUGAGGUGAUGGAGACACAGUGGAACACCUAUGUGUCAGGACGUGCCCUUAACACUCUAAAAACAGCCAAGUGGAACAAAGAUGAAAUGAUUCCCCUGACUGAAGAUAUCAUGAAGUUGCAGAAACAUCUUAAAGCACUGGAAAAAGAUGCAGUGCUUGGACUCUCGGUUGCACCCAGUGUUUCAGACUGGAAGAAACUUUGUCAGAGCCUUCUCACACAGAUAAUCCUCUUCAAUAGAAGGAGGGAAGGAGAAGCCUCAAAAUUACUCCUGGCAACAUACCAAACACGGAACAGAGCUCCAGCUCACCCAGAAGUGUACGAGAGCCUUUCCAAACUUGAAGUCACUUGUCAACAACUUCACGCGACUGGAGAUACGAGGGAAGAGAGAGCGAAAAGUCCCAUUGCUCCUCACACAUGACAUGGAGGCAUCGAUAGACAUUCUGAUAAGCAACCGAACUGCAGUAGGUAUCUGCAGUGAAAACCCUUUUGUGUUUGCCCGAAUUUCAGGAACCAGCCAUAUGAGAGGGUCAGACUGCCUCCGCCAAUUUUCAUUGGAAUGCCAGGCCAAACAUCCAGAGUGUUUAAGAUCCACCAGAUUAAGGAAGCACAUA